CGACACGCGUUAUCAGGAGACGGAGGAAGUGCCAUCUGCGCCGACAUUCGAAGUCUCACCACAGGAGACAACGGCCAUCGAGGGAUCUCCUGUGAGACUUUUGGUGAAGGCCGGGGGUGUCCCGCCACCACGCGUUCAGUGGUUUAUCAACGGUGACGUUCUGCCAACGAGUGGCGGUGGAGGUGCUUGGCGUAUUUAUGCCGAUGGUGGAAUUAGCUACCUGGAGCUCAAUAGAUGCGGUCCUCCCGGAGAAUUUCAGGUCACUGUCGUUGCCAAAAACAAGAUGGGCGAAGCAUCUGCGUCCUGUAAUCUGUACGUGGAACCCCAACCGGAUUAUCGACCCGAUUUGAAACAUGUGGAGCCAGAAAGUCCCUUCAGAAAACUGAUGUCGUUAAAGAAGGUGGAGCGCAGCCAGGAACUUACCAAGGCACUCAGCAAGCCAAAAGCAAGAGCUCUUGACCUGCGUAAACUUGAGCGAAGUAAGUGUUCGCGACAACUGUACUGCAUUUGA